AUGCAAGUUCAUGUGAUUAACAGGCUCAAUCAUAUCCUCAAUUAUGUUCAGAAGCAAAACUCAUCAUUUGCCUCUCAGUUUCAACCUGCUUCCAUAGCUUACAAUCUCUGCAAAUGGGGUGCUCUUAUUCUCGCUCUACUCGCCACCUUCCGCACCAUUCUCAUCAUCAUAUUCCGUCAACACGUUCCUUCCAUUCCUCUUCUCAUCCACCAUGGUGAUGAUGAUUACAGCGACACCGAAGAAGAAGAUGAACUCUCGAACUCGACUUUAUCAUCGGAAUCUGAAGACGACGACGACGACGACGAACAAGACAGAACCGGUGAGUAUUUCAGAGUUAGAGGUUCCGGCAACGGUGACGGCGGGUUCCUGCGACGUCGUCGUAGCAUUGGCGAUAUCUUCUCGCUUUCAGAAAUUGUCAACAGUAAAAGCGUGGUUAAGCUAUGGGACACCAUAGGGUUUGGUUUCGACCAUUGCGCCUCCUCUGACGGAAGCGUCGUUUCGGUUUACGGCGUUAACGAGGAGCAAGGACUCCGACCCAUCCCCACCGGAAAACCACCUACUCCGGCGGUUUCCUGUUCUUCACCUGCGGUGGUGGUUUCCGCUGGAGAAAACUCGUCGGGGAAUUUGGCGCUGAGUAUUUGGGACACGCGGCUCCGGCGUCGGAUACCGGCGAUGUUGGCGGAGUGGGGGCCCAGCCUUGGAAAGACCGUUGGAGUAGAAUCCGGCGGAGUCCAGCUGGUUUAUGUCAGAGAUGACAGCCGUCACGGGUUGACAGUUGGUGACAUGAGAAAUGUCAGAUCGCCGUUAGAAAACGUAACGGAAUCCAACCUUGAUCAGUGCUGGCCAAAUUCCUUCGUGCUCAAAAUUUAA